UGGUUUGGUAAUGAAAAAGGCUGCAAGAAAACUGCCAAGUUCAGAGAGCACCAAAAUCCCAACAGCUCUGUCCUCCUCCUCCUCCUCCUGCUGUCUCUCCUCCCACCCCAUCCUCCGUUUCUCCCCACUGGAGUAGUUCGAAAACCACCAGCUUCCAGAGGUACAAGCAGUCUGUUCUGCCACCUCUAACAUAAUCAACCCUCCUCAAAAUGAGAGAAGGCCCGAGCCGAAGGGAUGGAGUGCUAAGGCACCAUAGCUGAACCUCCGGGGCUUUAAGAUCUAGAGGGAUUCCGAGAAUGAAAGCCCACCCGUUUUAAAAGUUGCUGAGGGUGGAACCACUGGGCUGAAUAAGGACUGAGUAACUGUGGGGAAAAAUUGAAAAUUUCCCAGUUGGGAAUUGGGAAAAGAACGAAUUGGGCUCGGAACAAAGCCUGCGAAAGGGAAGCGGCUUGCCAGGGAAUAUGCAAUGUGGGUCAGAAGUGAACAAGGAGUUAACAUUUAAAGUGCACCUCAGAAACUGACUGAGAAUUUGCAUCUGGGUUAGCAGUGAUGGAGGCAUCUUCAAAGAUAAGUUUUUGUCAGCAGCUUGAGGUUUUGUUUUUUUUUUAAAGGGGAGAUGAUCAGGAAGAGGGGUGGUAUUUAUUUACAUUACAAAAUGCAUCCUGCCCUUCCCAAGGGGAAGUUAAUAGCACAGGCAUUGAGAUAAGAAAAAACAGUAACUCUUCCAAAAGUCAGAGGAAGGGAGUAGAGUGGACAUUGACCUAGACAUAGAAUAACAGAGCUGGAAGGGACCAUGGAGGCCAUCUAGUCCAACCCCCUGCUCAGGCAGGAGAGUAAACAGAGGUAAAUGAGUGAAUCGGAUAAGCGCAUAAUAAAAUGGACGUUUCCGGUUUUGUUUUGUUUUUUAAAUCAAGCAUUUGACUGAAGAAAAUUGCACCAAUCUAGCUUUCCGGGCAAGGGUAAAAAAGCAGUAAUUUCAGCAUUAAAGGAGGCGAUGAUUCAGCCCUAUGGUUUGGGGGAAAGAUUGCUGGCUUCUCCCAUCCCAACAUUAUUCAGGAUAAUGGUUUUCAAGGGUUGCCUUUCUGGCUUUUACCUCCUGGAAUGUUUGAAGCAGGUCCUCAUGUUUGGACCAGGGCAAACUGGGACGCUGCAGAAAACCCCCUUCCACAAAGCGAUUCCUCUUUGCCUUGCUGAUUUUCUGGCCAGGCAAAUGGCAGAGGGGCCGGGAGGGAGGGGUGUGUGCGGAAGAUAACUCGAUGCCAGAGUUGUGGCCUUUUCCUGGGCCAUGCCUUUUGUGAGGCAGAGUUAUGGGCAUAAGCUUGUCAGUGACUCACCAGCCCUCCUGCUAAUGAAAAGGAAAACCAGCUUGAUCUCUUUGUUUGGCUGUUUGUUUUCUUUCUUUCCCUCCAAGAUGGGAUUAGCUGAAGUAGUCAUUCUUUGCCAGCAGAAAUCUCUCAUGCAGAGGGAAGGAAAAAAAAAAAAAAACACCCCACCUUCUUCCCCUGAGUUUGAGUUUCCUGGCUGGGUGCAGACAUGCCGUCCCCUCCUCACUUUCCCAUCUCCAUUGAGAGCUGAGGGCUUUGGGGGAAGCUGCAGGAGGAGGCUGGCCCUGUGCUGCACGGAUCCUAAAGAAUCCUCAGGCAGGAGGCAGCGGGGGGGGGGGGAGCCCUACCCAGUGGGACCAGCAGCACAGCCCGCCCAGGUUGGGCCUUCCAGGGGCUGAGACAGCCUCUCCAGCAAGCUGAAUUUGGUCUCACCACUUGGAACAGCCAGGUGGCUUCUCCUGAAUUGCUGAAGCCGGAAAAGAGGAAACUGUCCAGAGAACCAGCUCCAGGCCUUCGAUGAGCUGGCCUGGCCAGACCCCAACCUCUACCUGGCUUCGGCACAGGACUGACCUCAGGGUUGAGGGUAUCCUCUCUGAUUCACUCCCUGGUUACCCAAAGGUGGAGCUUUCUGCCAGCCCAAACUUUGUGUCGCUUCCUCUCUUGCGUGGAGGAACCCCCACGUGGCUGAGCCCAAGCCAGCCUGCCAGGGAAGGCUGGAAGGCAGCCCAGCUGCAGCAUCAGGGGAGACAACGGCUUAUUCUGGGCCAUUUCCGAAGGGUCUCCAGAGCUGAAUGAGAAGGUCUGCACCUAUCCUUGCCAUUUGAGGAGCCUGUUUGUCUCCAAGACCCCAAACAUCCUGGGAGUUCCCAGCAUGUUCUAGACGGCCUGGGAGAAGACCACAAGGCAAGGAAAGGAAAUCUGAUCCUGGUGACUCACAGGGAGGGACAGAGAGCAAGAAGGCGAGAGGAAGGAUCGCUCGGAAGCAGCAGCACCUCCAUCAAAGGAUCUGGCGGAGCAGCUCUGAGCAAGCUGCAGCCGAGCAGCCCUCCUUAGCUAGGAAAGGACGGCUCCAGACUGGGGGGAGACCCUCGGUGGGGUCUCCAAACUUUGUCCUGGUUGCAAAGAAACUCACCUCUGCCUGUGCCAGGCUGCCAUCCCCAAUGUGCCUGCCGGCGAGGAAGAAGCACGAUGCCGUGAUGGGCUCGGCCACCCCCGAAGCUUGGCUGCUCUCGCCCUGGAAGGAAGACCCCGCGCAGCCCUGGGGGCUGAGGCUGCUUUCCCGGUGGCAUCACACCCUGCCCCUCGUGGCCACCGUCCUGAUGUGGCUGGCCACGGGCUCUACCAUGUCCAGCCUGAAUAAGUGGAUCUUCGCCAUCCACAACUUCCGCUACCCGGUCUUGCUGUCCUCCUUGCACAUGUUGACAGCUGUGGUGGUGGGCAGGCCCCUCGCCAGGCUCCAGGCCAGGGGGUCCGGACAUCCGGCCCUCCAGCCCAAAGCCCGGCUCCAGGUUUUUCUGCUGAGCCUGACCUUCUGUUCCAGCGUGGCUUUUGGGAAUCUGGGGCUGAACCACGUCCAGCUGGAUUUUGCCCAGAUGGUCUACACCACCACCCCGCUCUUCACCCUGACGCUCUCGGAGCUGCUGCUGGGGAAGCGCCACCACCCCCUGCAGUACCUGGCCAUGGGCCCCAUUUGCCUGGGGGCCUCCCUCAGCAUCGUGGGGGAGGUGCACUUCAAUCAAGCCGGCUGCUGCUUCCUCUUCGCUGCCACUUUCCUGCGAGGCCUGAAGUCCAUUCAGCAAAGUACCCUCCUGCAGGAAGAGCACCUGGAUUCCUUGAGGCUCCUGUGCCUGACUUCGCUGCCCAGCUUCUGCCUCCUCUUUGUGGCCGCGCUGGGCAUGGAGGUGGGCUCAGCCUGGGAGGGCCUGCUAGCCUACAAAGCCAGCCUGUGGACCUGCGUGCUGCUCAGCUGCCUGGGCUCGGUCCUUUACAACCUGGCCAGCUUCUGCAUCCUCUCGCUGACCUCCGCCCUCACCAUCCACGUUCUGGGGAACUUCAACGUGGUGGGAAACCUGCUUCUCUCCCAUUGGCUUUUCGGAAGCCACCUGACUUUGCUUAGCUACGCGGGCAUCGCCCUGACUCUUCUGGGCGUCGUCAUGUACCAUCACUCUGAGCGUAUCGCCACUUGCUGGCGCUUGCGGGCGGGCGCAGCCAAAAAGGAGUAAGGAGUGAGAAUCGGCUGGAAUAGCUGCCUUUCUGACUGUGAGCUCAUCCUCUUUUUCUGCUGGGCUUGGAGUCUCCUGUAAAUCCUCUUGGUGGUCAGGAUCAGGAAACAACAGCUUGCAUUUGCACAACCUUAUUUUGCAUUGAGUCAACCACUGUAGGCUGAACAAGCACAACAAGCAGAGCCAUAGAUUAUGGCUUAGAAACCUCAAAAGUGGGGCUGUACCACAUCUUUUGAGUUCAAACCAUUGGAGGGCUUAACCUAAGACAUCUAGGAUUGUCUAAGUCCGGCCAAAAAGCCAUUGAGAAAGAAGCUUUUUUUUCUCUAAACAGGUCCCUGUUGUUUUAAUCAUUUUGUAAUUCUGGGCAAGAACUACAAUAAACAGUUUUUAGGAAUAU